AUGUCAAAAAUACAGAGUAAUCUCAAAAAUGCAGCUAGAAGUGGAUCUACCGAAGAAGAAAUGAUAUACACAUAUAUGUAUUUACAUAAAUGUAAUUUGGUCUCAGUAAAUUUCUUGAUUUUGAUUUGGUGCAUCCCCCUCCCCCCACUUAAAACUCAACUUUUCACAUGCAAAAUGAGCAAUGAAGCACCAAAUUACACCUUGAAAUAUACUCUAACUGGUCAUACAAAAGCAGUAUCUUCUAUAAAGUUUAGUGAAAAUGGCCAAUGGUUAGCAAGUUCAUCAGCAGAUAAACUUAUCAAAAUAUGGAAUGCCUACGAUGGAAAAUUUGAAAAAUCAAUUAAUGGUCAUAAAUUGGGAAUCUCAGAUGUUUCUUGGUCUUAUGAUUCAAGAUUUCUGUGCAGUUCUUCUGAUGAUAAAACCUUGAAAUUAUGGGAUUUAGUCACUGGAAAGUGUUUAAAAACACUUAAAGGUCAUAGUAAUUAUGUUUUCUGUUGUAACUUCAAUCCACAGUCAAAUCUAAUUGUCUCUGGUUCUUUUGAUGAAAGUGUUAAACUAUGGGAUGUUAAAACUGGUCGAUGUAUACGCACCUUACCGGCUCAUUCAGAUCCAGUUACAGCUGUUAAUUUUAAUCGAGAUGGUUCACUCAUCGCCUCGAGCAGUUAUGAUGGAUUAUGUCGAAUAUGGGAUACUGGUUCCGGUCAAUGUUUAAAAACUUUAAUAGAUGAUGAUAAUCCACCUGUUUCGUUUGUUAAAUUCUCCCCGAAUGGCAAGUAUAUUUUAGCUGCAACACUUGACAGUUGUCUUAAAUUAUGGGAUUAUACAAAGGGUAGAUGUUUAAAAACUUACGGAGGACAUAAAAAUGAGAAAUUUUGUAUAUUUGCCAAUUUUUCAGUUACUGGAGGCAAGUGGGUUGUCUCAGGCUCUGAAGAUAAUCUCAUCUAUUUAUGGAAUUUACAAACAAAAGAAAUUGUACAAAAACUUUCUGGGCAUACAGAUAUUGCUUUGUGUACAACUUGUCAUCCACAAAUGAAUAUGAUUGCUUCCGGGUCUUUAGAAGGUGAUAAGACAAUUAAAAUAUGGACUAGUGAUAAUUGAUUACCUAUUAUUAUUAUGUACCAUUCCUAUUGUGUUGUAUAUUACUGUGUAUAUUUCUCCCUGCCGCUCUGCCCCUUCAACAUUUCAUCAAAUGUAUCGACGCUACAUUUUUAAUCCAAUUGUCUUUUAUAUUAUCUACCUACUUACUUACCUACUAUUCUGAGAAGUCCCGUAACAAGCAUAAAAGAUCAAUUUUGUAAACCAGUUUCGUUUUAUACCAUCUCUUUUCAUGUAUAAUAAAGUGUCGACAAGUG